ACAGAGCCAUGCGGAGCAGGAGCAACUCGGGCGUGCGGCUGGACGGCUACGCCCGGCUGGUGCAGCAGACCAUCCUCCGGCACCAGAACCCAGUGACGGGGCUUCUUCCAGCCAGCUGUGACCACAGAGAUGCCUGGGUCCGAGACAACGUCUACAGUAUCCUGGCAGUGUGGGCCCUGGGUUUGGCCUACCGCAAGAACGCAGACCGGGAUGAGGACAAGGCAAAGGCGUACGAACUGGAGCAGAGUGUGGUGAAGCUGAUGCGAGGCCUCCUGCAGUGCAUGAUGAGGCAGGUGGACAAAGUGGAGGCCUUCAAGUACAGCCAGAGCACCAAAGAUUGUCUGCAUGCCAAGUACAACACUGGCACUUGUGCCACAGUGGUGGGGGAUGACCAGUGGGGCCACCUGCAGCUGGAUGCCACCUCCCUCUAUUUGCUCAUGCUGGCCCAGAUGACGGCCUCCGGGCUUCAUAUCAUCCACAGCCUGGAUGAAGUCAACUUCAUCCAGAAUCUUGUCUUUUACAUUGAAGCCGCUUACAAGACUGCAGACUUUGGGAUAUGGGAGCGUGGAGACAAGACCAACCAAGGAAUCACGGAGCUGAACGCCAGCUCCAUCGGCAUGGCAAAGGCAGCCCUUGAAGCCUUGGACGAGCUCAACCUUUUCGGUGUCGAGGGGGGCCCCCAAUCCGUGAUCCAUGUGCUGUCGGACGAAGUGCAGCACUGCCAGUCUAUUCUCCAUUCUAUGCUGCCGAGGGCUUCGACCUCCAAGGAAAUUGAUGCCAGUCUCCUCUCGGUCAUCUCGUACCCAGCUUUUGCUGUGGAAGACAUCGAGGUGGUGGAGAAAACCAAACAGGAGAUUAUCACCAAGCUGCAGGGCCGUUAUGGUUGCUGCCGGUUUCUCCGUGAUGGAUACAGAACUCCCAAGGAGGACCCGAACCGCCUCUACUAUGAGCCUGCUGAGCUGAAGCUCUUUGAAAACAUCGAGUGCGAGUGGCCCCUUUUCUGGACCUACUUUAUCAUCGAUGGCAUCUUCAGCGGCAACAUGGAGCAGGUCCAGGAGUAUCGAGAAGCCCUGGAAGGGGUCCUCAUCAAAGGGAAGAGCGGAGUCCGUCUGGUUCCGGAGCUGUACAGCGUCCCCCUGGAGAAGGUUGACCAGGAGUACUGCCACCCUCACACCGUUGACCGUGUGCCGUUGGGCAAGCUGCCGCUUAUGUGGGGCCAGUCCCUCUACAUCCUGGGCUGCCUCAUGGCUGAGGGAUUUCUGGCUCCGGGGGAAAUUGACCCUCUGAACCGCAGGUUUUCAACUGUCCCAAAGCCUGACGUGGUGGUACAGGUCUGCAUCCUGGCUGAGACAGAUGACAUUAAGGCCCUCUUGCAGAAGGAGGACAUUGAAGUGGAGACGGUGGCAGAUGUCUACCCCAUCCGUGUGCAGCCAGCAAGAAUCCUCAGCCACAUCUAUGCCCGACUAGGCCGUAACAAACGCAUGAGCCUGAGCGGGCGGCCCUUCCGCUACAUGGGCGUCCUUGGGACCUCCAAGUUCUACGACAUCAGGGACAAUAUCUUUGCCUUCACACCACAGUUCGUAGACCAGCAGCAGUUUUACCUGGCGCUUGACAACAAGAUGAUAGUGGAGAUGCUGCGAACGGACCUUUCCUACCUGUGCAGCCGCUGGAGGAUGACGGGGCGCCCAACCAUCACCUUCCCCAUCUCCCAUACGAUGCUCGAUGAAACUGGGACCAGCAUCCAUCCAGCUGUCCUGGCCACACUGCGGAAGCUGCAGGACGGGUAUUUUGGAGGGGCAAGGAUCCAGACUGGUAGGUUGUCAGACUUUCUCACCACUUCAUGCCGCACCCACCUCAGCUUCAUGGACGCUGGGCCGGAGGGUAAGCUGUAUGCUGAUGACUAUGGGCUCAGCCUUGACAGCUUCAGCGAGUUAGACCCUGAGGACUGGCUGCAUGGCUUUCAGUUGGCAGAAGAUGCCGACAUUUGCGACGAAGUGGCUCAGUACUUGGAACACCUUUUGCAGAGCACGGCUCCCAAGAGCAACCUCCCCCCCGUGGCUCCGAAGGGCGGGCUGGAUCGCUUCCGUGCCGCGGUGCACAGCACCAAGGACCUCAUGUCUCUGGUGUCCAAGGCCAAAGAGCUGCACGUUGAAAAUAUCAACAUGUACAUCCCCUCCAAGCUUUUCCAGGACUCUCAGCCGUCCGUUAACUUGCUGGGCUCGGCACAAAUGCCAGAGACCAAGCCAACCCCCCCUGCUGAACUGAAACUCCCCAAGGAUGUGGACGGCAACGUGGACUGCCGGGCCCUGGUGGAUGAGCUCCGCAAGUGUCCAACCCUGCAGGACCAGGCCAACUACCUCUACAUGCUCCACACUCUCAAGGGGCCGGACUGGGACACGAAGAUAUAUGGUGAACCAGGGACUACAGUCAGCAGUCUCCUCAUGGAGCUCUACGGAAAAGUUGGGGCAACGCGCCAGUGGGCUUUAAUCCGCUACAUCUCUGGGAUCCUGAAGAAGAAGGUGGAAGCUCUUGACGAGGCCUGCACUGACCUGCUGUCCCACCAGAAGCACCUGACUGUGGGGCUUCCCCCAGAGCCUCGUGAGAAGACCAUCUCCGCCCCUCUGCCGUACGAGGAGCUCACCCACCUGAUAGAUGAAGCCAGUGAGAAGAACAUGAGUGUUUCCAUCCUGACUCAGGAGAUCAUGGUUUACCUGGCCAUGUACAUCCGGACGCAGCCUGGCCUCUUUGCGGAGAUGUUCCGCCUGCGCAUUGGGCUCAUCAUCCAGGUGAUGGCGACAGAGCUGGCUCAUUCGUUGUGCUGCUCAGCUGAGGAAGCUACUGAGAGUUUGAUGAAUCUCAGCCCAUCCCACAUGAAGAAUCUUCUGCAUCACAUCCUCAGCGGCAAAGAAUUUGGAGUGGAGAGAAGUGUGCGGGCCAUGGAUUCGGCAGUGACCCCAGCAGUUUCCAUCCGCGAAGUCGGCCCCGCUGGAGCGACAAAAACGGAGCGUGCCGGCAUUGUCAGGCUCAAGAGCGAGAUCAAACAGCAACUGGAUAGGCGUAGGCAGUCUUUGUCUGAGAUUAAGUCUGCCGGCUUGCACUCCUUGGAGGGCAGCGUCGAACCUUCCCAGUUGUCCAAACACCCCAUAGCUCCGGGCAGAGGCGUUGUGCAUGGUAAACUGGAGGACCCACUCUCUAAGGAUGGACGCCAGGGCCAGUGGCAGCGGAGACGGCGGCUGGACGGGGCUCUCAACCGGGUCCCAGUGGGAUUUUACCAGAAGGUCUGGAAGAUCCUGCAGAAGUGCCAUGGACUCUCCAUCGAAGGCUUCGUUCUUCCUUCUUCCACCACCAGAGAGAUGACUCCAGGAGAGAUCAAGUUUGCAGUCCACGUGGAGUCCGUUCUCAACAGGGUUCCUCAGCCGGAGUACCGGCAGCUCUUUGUGGAAGCCAUCCUGGUCUUCACCCUACUGACAGAUGUGGACAUGCCCAGCAUCGGGGGCCUCAUUGCUGUGGAGAAGAUCGUGCACAUAGCAAACAACUUGUUCUACGAAGAGCAGAAAAUCCUGGGUGCUGAUGAGAACAUGCUGGAGAAAGACCCGGCCACAGGCAUUUGCAACUUGCUCUACGACAGUGCCCCAAGUGGCAGGUUUGGCACCAUGACCUACCUCUCUAAAGCUGUGUUCACCUACGUGCAGGAGUUCCUCCCCAGCGGCGGUUGCACCAUGCAGUAAGCAGGUCUGGAUUUCUCAGCACGUUUGCAGAACAGCUGUGGGAUUUAAGGCCAGCCUUAAGCCACCUUGUCAGUAAGUGCAGUCUGUCUCACCUAUAAGCAAAUUCUGUUGCGAUUGAACUAUUUUGGCACUGCGCUCUGGACACGAGCGUUGUACUGCAAAUGGGCAGGCGAAGAAGGGUUCUUCCAGGUAUUACAGGAGGACAAGGAGUGGUCUCUCCACAGACAAGAGUGUUUCACACAUAACUCCCUUCACUCCCAGGGGAGGAUCUAUGCUUCUGGGAAUGGAUCCCCUCUGACUCUGGGGGGUUGUGGCCAUUUGCACUGUUCCGGGUAGCUGCAGAAAGUGCCCGAGGGUUUCUCCGACUCCACAUGUCUGUUUUUGUGGGUGCUCCUUCUCCUAUGCAGUUUAUUACUGGAUGGGGUUUUCUCCCCAUAGUGCUGGAUUUUUGCUUGUGUCUGUGUGAUUUUAAUGAAAGCAGGGUCUUCCCUCGGGUCCCUUCUCUGAACCUCCCCCAGUAGUAACAUCCUGAGUGCCUUUUAAUGCAACCUUUGCAUUUAGAAGUAGAACCAGCUUCAUCACUGGUGACUCCCUCUUUUUGCACAGAUGCAAUGAACAGGAUGCCUAAGCCAUGGCAAGCAAGGCCUCUGGGCCUUUGGCCACCUCUGUUCAGGUGUCAGUCUGGACUAGAUGGUGCUGCUAACCUCUCCAACAUCUGCACUUUUGAAACAAUCAAACAGCGGCCUUUAUUUUUGUUUUAAGACAAUGGCUUCUUCAGAACGCCUUUGCCAGCAAGUGCUUCAUAGGGGAAAGGGGUUUGGGGAGCUUGACUUUCUUCUCACUGGGGGCUUUUGUUAGAUCAAGAUGCUGAAACUAGCCAGUUCUGCUAAAAAGCUUGGAGCAAGUGCUUGGCUCCCGUGGCUGCUUUUGGAGGAGGGGAUGGUGGACGUGUCCCCAGGGAGAAAGUCUCUGGAUGCCCCCAUUCCAAGGAGGAUUGGUGGGAAGGGGAGCUUCUUGGCUCAGGGGAAAGGAUCAGUUGCUUUGGAAGGGCACAGAAAAUGCCUGGCAAGCGGGGAUCCUGUGUGUGCGGGAGUCCUUCUUGCCAAAUAUUUUAAAAUGUCAAGCUGGCUUUCUGGGAAGGAGUCUACUGAGUAUCCAUCUACAGCAGGCAGAGAAGCUUAAUAUGCCGGAGUUUGAAACCCCUGUAGAGUGGCAAAGUUGGAGUUUUGGGAAUGUUUUGCUCCUUGCUCCUUGCUUUAGAGAGGAAGUCUUGGCACUCCAGGGGAGAGCUCGGUAGCUAAAAGCCAACAGGAUGUUAAUUUCUUCCCUGGGCUAGCAACUGGGUCCCUUUUUUUGUUUGAAGCCACUGAGCUGCUCUUUGGUAACUGCGUUUGCUUUGCUUGACUCAUGCCAAUUUUUUUUGAGGGGGGGAGGCAGGGGAUGGGAUCUCGCCAAGUCCCAAACUGGAGUGCAACAUUGAGUUUCCACCUAAUUUUAAGGAACUGUGUUUGGGCUGGUUAAUGCAAUGCACUUUUGUGAUAGUUUACCAUCCCAGUCAAUUGCACUUUUUGUUCCCUUUUCUUCAACAAGGGCUUUUAAACACUGCAACUUUUUGAAAAAAAAGACCUUGGUUUUUACAUAUGUGUGUGAUGUUGAAUGCAAGCCGCAUUUUGGCUUUGGGUUUGCCCCACAACAUUAUUUAAAGAUAUACUGUACCAUUGAAUAUGUUUGGAAGAUUGAAAGCCUAGAAUAAAACAUCUCCAUUUCA